GCAGAUGACGUCAGCCCGCUGUUUAGGCCCCGGCGACGGUGGCGGCGUCACUGAGUUUUAGGCGCAACCAGCCCGGAGACGAACGCUGCCGGGCUCCCCGAGCCGGACUCCCGGAGAGCCUACGGACUGCGUGACUGGAGCGAUGAGGCGCAGCAAGGCCGAGGUGGAGCGGUACAUCGCCUCCGUACAAGGCUCCGCCCCCUCGCCUCGAGAGAAGUCAAUGAAAGGAUUCCUUUUUGCUAAGUUAUACUAUGAAGCUAAAGAAUAUGAUCUUGCUAAAAGAUAUAUAUCUACUUACCUUAAUGUACAAGAGAGGGAUCCCAAAGCACACAAGUUCCUGGGUCUUCUCUAUGAAGCUGAGGGAAAUAUUGACAAAGCUGUUGGAUGUUACAAGCGUUCAGUAGAAUUAAACCCAACGCAAAAAGAUCUUGUGCUCAAGAUUGCAGAAUUGUUGUGUGAAAAUGAUGCUUCUGAUGGAAGGGCAAAAUACUGGGUUGAAAGAGCUUCUAAGCUUUUCCCUGGAAAUCCUACCAUUUAUAGGUUGAAGGAGCAGCUUUUAGAUUGUAAAGGUGAAGAUGGAUGGAAUCAACUUUUUGACUUGAUUCAGUCAGAGCUUUAUGCAAGACCAGAUGAUGUAUAUGUGAACAUCCGAUUAGUAGAGCUGUAUAGGUCAAAUAAGAGACUGAAAGAUGCUGUGGCCCACUGCUGUGAGGCAGAAAGAAAUCUUGCCCUGCGAACAAGUUUGGAAUGGUAUUCAUGUGUUGUACGAACACUUAAGGAAUAUCUGGAGUCUCUACAGAGUUUGGAGGCCAAUAAAAGCAACUGGCGAACAACCAAUAAAGACUUACUUCUGGCCUAUGCUAAUCUUAUGCUUCUUACGCUUUCUACUAGAGAUGUACAGGAAAGUAGAGAAUUAUUGGAAAGUUUUGAUGAUGCACUUCAGUCUGUGAAAUCUUUUAUGAGUGGGAAUGAUGAGUUAUCAGUUACUUUCCUUGAAAUGAAAGGUCACUUCUAUAUGCAUGCUGGUACUCUGCUUUUGAAAAUGGCUCAGCACAGUGAAGUACAAUGGAGAGCUCUAUCUGAAUUGGCAGCCUUAUGCUAUCUCAUAGCAUUUCAGGUUCCAAGACCAAAGACUAAAUUAAUGAAAGGAGAAAAUGCUGGACAAAAUUUGUUGGAAAUGAUGGCCUAUGAUCGUCUGAGCCAGACUGGACAUAUGCUGCUAAAUUUAAGUCGUGGCAAACAAGACUUCUUAAAAGAGGUUGUGGAAUCAUUUGCCAAUAAAAGUGGACAGUCUGCCUUGUAUGAUGCCUUGUUCGAUAGUCAAUCACCUAAGGAUAAAUCAUUUUUGGGUAGUGAUGAUAUCAGAAAUGUUAGCAUACAGACGCCAGAACCUGAAGAACUGGCUAGAUAUGAUAUUGGGGCCAUUAGAGCACAUAAUGGUAGUCUUCAGCAUCUCACUUGGCUUGGGUUACAGUGGAACUCAUUGUCUACCUUACCAACAAUCCGAAAAUGGCUUAAACAGCUUUUUCAUCAUUUGCCACAAGAAACCUCUAGACUUGAAACUAAUGCUCCUGAGUCAAUUUGUUUAUUAGAUCUUGAAGUGUUUCUACUUGGGGUGAUAUUUACCAGCCACUUACAAUUACAAGAGAAAUCCAAUUUUCACUACAAUUCACAUCAACCUCCAUGCUUGCCACUACCUGUUUGCAAACAGCUUUGUACAGACCGACAAAAAUCCUGGUGGGAUGCAGCUUAUAAUCUUAUUCACAGAAAAGCAGUGUCUGGAACCUCUGCAAAGUUACGCCUUCUGGUUCAACAUGAAAUAAACACACUAAGGGGUCAGGGCAAGCAUGGUCUUCAACCUGCUAUGCUUGUACAUUGGGCAAAAAGUCUUCAGAAAACAGGCAGUGGACUUAAUUCUUUUUAUGAUCAGCGGGAAUAUAUAGGAAGAAGUGUUCAUUACUGGAAGAAAGUUCUGCCAUUAUUGAAGACAAUUAAAAAGAAGAGUAAUAUUCCUGAACCCAUUGAUCCUCUGUUCAAACAUUUUCAUAGUGCAGAUAUUCAGAUAUCUGAAGUUGGGGAAUAUGAGGAAGAAGCACACAUAACAUUUGCUAUGUUGGAUGCAGUUGAUGGGAAAACUGAAGAUGCUAUGUCGGCAUUUGAAGCUAUAAAAAAUGUUGUUUCCUAUUGGAAUCUUGCCCUGAUUUUUCAUAGGAAAGCAGAAGACAUUGAGAAUGAUGCUCUUUCCCCAGAAGAACGAGAAGAAUGCAAAAACUACUUAAGAAAAUCUAGAGACUACUUAAUAAAAAUUUCAGAUGAAAGUUGCACAGAUCCUGCUGUAGCUAGAAAGCUUCCAGUUCCUUUGGAGUCUGUAAAAGAAAUGCUUAAUUCAGUAAUGCAAGAACUUGAGGAAUAUAGUGAAGGAGGUCCCCAUGGUAAAAAUGGUUCACCUAGAAAUAUAGAUUCUGAAAUAAAACAUUCUACACCAUCUCCAACCAAAUUUUCUUUAUCACCAAGUAAAAGUUACAAGUUUUCUCCUAAAACUCCUCCUCGAUGGGCAGAAGAUCAAAAUUCUUUAUUGAAAAUGAUUUGCCAACAAGUAGAAGCUAUUAAGAAAGAAAUGCAUGAGUUGAAGCUAAACAGCAGUAAUUCUACUAUGUCCCCUCACCGUUGGCCUGCAGAAGCCUAUGGAACAGAUUCAGUGCCUGAUGGUUAUCAGGGAUCCCAAAAUUAUCAUGGAGCUCCACUCACAGUUGCAACUACUGGCCCUUCAGGGUAUUACAGUCAGUCACCAGCAUAUAAUUCCCAGUAUCUUCUCAGAACAGCAGCUAAUGUUACACCAACAAAGGCUCCUGUUUAUGGCAUGAACCGGCUUACACCUCAACAGCAUAUUUAUGCUUACCCACAACAAAUGCAUACACCUCCAGUGCAAAAUCCACCUGCCUGUAUGUUCUCUCAAGAGAUGUAUGGUCCUCCUUUGCGUUUUGAUUCCCCUGCAACUGGAAUUCUGUCACCUCGAGGAGAUGAUUAUUUCAAUUACAAUGUUCAACAGACAAGCACAAAUCCACCUUUGCCUGAACCAGGUUAUUUCACAAAACCUCCAGUUGUGCCUCAUCCUUCAAAAUCUGCAGAAUCCAGAGUUAUAGAAUUUGGGAAAUCUAACUUUGGACAGCCUAUGCCAGGUGAAGGAGUAAGGCCACCUUUAACAACUUCAGCACAGGCAACGCAGCCAACCACCUUUAAAUUUAACUCCAAUUUUAAAUCCAAUGAUGGUGACUUUACAUUUUCAUCACCUGAAGUUGUGGGGCACCCUCCUCCUGCAGCUUUCAGUAAUAGUGAGAGUCUCUUAGGUCUCCUAACUUCAGAUAAACCUUCACAUGAUGAUGGUUACAGUGGAACAAAACCAAUUCCUAGUCAGACAAGUGCACCACGGAAUACGUUCAAUUUUGGUAGCAAGAAUAUUUCUAAUGUUUCAUUUACAGAAGGCAUGGCACACAAUCAAUGUAAAAAUUCUCUUUUUGGCCGUAAUGACGACAUGUUUACUUUCCAAAGUCCAAGCAAAACAGUAUUUGGAACACCAACUCCAGACUUAGCAAACAAGAGUCAUGAAACAGAUGGAGGAAGUACUCAUGGAGAUGAUGAUGAUGAUGGUCCUCACUUUGAACCAGUAGUUCCACUUCCUGAUAAAAUAGAAGUGAAAACUGGUGAGGAAGAUGAAGAAGAAUUCUUUUGUAAUCGUGCAAAAUUGUUCCGUUUUGAUGCAGAAUCCAAAGAAUGGAAGGAACGAGGCAUUGGCAAUGUUAAGAUACUGAGGCAUAAAAUAUCUGGCAAAAUUCGUCUUCUCAUGAGACGAGAACAAGUACUCAAAAUCUGUGCUAAUCAUUAUAUAAAUCCAGAUAUGAAGCUGACACCCAAUGCUGGCUCAGAUAAAUCAUUUGUAUGGCAUGCUCUUGACUAUGCAGAUGAAUUACCAAAGCCAGAGCAACUUGCCAUUAAAUUUAAAACACCAGAGGAGGCAGCUCAUUUCAAACGCAAGUUUGAAGAGGCCCAGGGAAUCUUAAAAUCUGCAGCUUCAAAUAUUUCCACAACAAACCAAAAUGUUAGGAUUCUGAAAGACACCAAGAAUCAGGAUAACAAGGAUACUGGAAAACCUGACUCUGGACAUCCAAAUUUUGGUUUCCAAAUUUCGAAGAAAGACGGGCUAUGGGAUUGUAACAACUGCUCAGUAAAGAAUGUUGCAACAGCAAAGAAAUGUGUAUCAUGCAAAACCCUAAAUCCAAAUAAUAAGGAGCUUUUGGGCCCACCAUUAGUUGAAAACUCUCCAGCUUUUAAGCCUGGCACAGAAAAGACUCAAGAAGGUUUUGGAUUGAUGUUUGCUAAGAAAGAAGGUCACUGGGAUUGCAGUGUAUGUUUAGUGAGGAAUGAACCAACGGUAUCUAAGUGUAUAGCUUGCCAGAAUACAAACACAGCAAAUAAAACUAUUCCAUCAUUUAGUCAGCAAACUCCCUUCAAGUUUGGUCAGGGAGAGCUUUCUAAACCUACUACCAGUGAUUUGGGCACUCUAUUUCCUAAGAAGGAUGGACAGUGGAAUUGCAGUGUGUGUUUGGUACAGAAUGAAGUAAGUGAUAAAAAAUGUGUUGCUUGUCAGAAUCCAAAUUUACAAAGUCAGCCCAGUUACACAAUUCCAGCACCUACUGCUUUGAAGCUUACUACUGCAGAGACCAGCAAGUCUACUAAAGAUGGAUUUGAGGGAAAGUUUAAUAAGAAGGAAGGACAGUGGGACUGUAGUGUUUGCUUAGUACGAAAUGAAAGCUCUUCCUUGAAAUGUGUUGCCUGUGAAGCACCAAAUCCAGUCAAUAAACCUGUUGCAGAAGCAUCUUCAGAUUUUACAUUUGGUUUCAAGAGUAAAUUAUCUGAACCUUCUGGGAGUCAGAUGGCAACUGGUUUUAAAUGUGACUUUUCAGAAAAAACUUUUAAAUUUGGCAGUGCAGAACAAGGUUUUAAAUUUGGCCAUGUUGAGCAAGGAAGCUCACCUUCUUCCUUCACAUUUCAGGUUCCCUCUGGUACGGAUGCCAAACCCACAAAAGAAGGAUUUAGUUUUACUAUGCCUGCAUCUGCUGGUGGAUUUAAAUUUGGGAUACAAGACUCUAGUGAUCAAAAGGGUAAUGAGAAGGCCAUUGAAGGAGAUGCUGCUGUCAAGUCUCAUGAUACCAAGCAAAAUAGUAGCGAUUUAGUUUUUGGAAAUAGUAGUAGCAAUUUCACUUUUGCUGACCUUGCAAAGUCAGGGGAAGGAUUUCAGUUUGGUAAAAAAGAUCCAAAUUUUAAAGGGUUUUCAGGUGCAGGUGAAAAACUUUUUUCAUCACAGAGUGCUAAAAUGUCCCCUAAGGCCAAUACUUCAUCAGACAUUGAGAAAGAUGAUGAUGCAUAUAAGACCGAGGACAAUGACGAUAUCCAUUUUGAACCUGUAGUUCAGAUGCCUGAAAAAGUGGAACUCGUCACAGGAGAAGAAGAUGAAAAGGUUCUAUAUUCGCAGAGAGUGAAAUUAUUUAGAUUUGAUGCAGAGAUAAGUCAAUGGAAAGAAAGGGGCUUAGGAAAUUUAAAGAUUCUUAAAAAUGAAGUCAAUGGCAAACUAAGAAUGCUGAUGCGACGAGAACAAGUACUAAAAGUAUGUGCUAAUCACUGGAUCACUACUACAAUGAACCUUAAACCUUUAUCUGGUUCAGACAGAGCAUGGAUGUGGCUAGCUAGCGAUUUUUCUGAUGGAGAUGCUAAAUUGGAACAAUUAGCAGCCAAGUUUAAAACACCAGAGCUGGCUGAAGAAUUCAAGCAGAAAUUUGAAGAAUGCCAGAGACUUUUACUAGAUAUACCACUUCAAACACCUCAUAAACUUGUAGAUACUGGGAGAGCUGCCAAACUAAUACAGAGAGCUGAAGAAAUGAAAACUGGACUAAAGGAUCUUAAAACGUUUUUGACAAAUGACAAAAAGCUCACUGAGGAAGAGAAUAACAAUUCAGGUUUAGCAGCCAGUACUUCUGACUUAACAGUUAAACCACAUGCUGAAACUACUGGACCUUCAUUAGAAUGGGAUAAUUAUGAUUUAAGAGAGGAUGCUUUGGAUGAUAGUGUAAGCAGUAGCUCAGUAUAUGCAUCUCCAUUAUCAAAUAGUCCUGUGAGGAAAAAUCUCUUCCGUUUUGGUGAUUCAACAACAGGGUUUAAUUUCAGUUUUAAAUCUGCUUUGAGUCCAUCGAAAUCCCCUGCCAAGUUGAAUCAGAGUAGGACUUCUGUUGGCACUGAUGAAGAGUCUGAUGUUACCCAAGAAGAGGAGAAAGAUGGGCAGUACUUUGAGCCAGUAGUACCAUUACCUGAUCUGAUAGAAGUGUCUAGUGGUGAGGAAAAUGAACAAGUUAUCUUUAGUCAUCGAGCCAAACUCUAUAGAUAUGACAAAGAUGCUGGCCAGUGGAAGGAAAGAGGAAUAGGUGAUAUAAAGAUUUUGCAGAAUUAUGAUAAUAAACAUGUGCGCAUAGUGAUGCGAAGGGACCAAGUAUUGAAACUUUGUGCCAAUCAUAGAGUAACACCAGAUAUGACUUUGCAAAACAUGAAAGGGACAGAAAGAGUAUGGGUUUGGACUGCAUGUGACUUUGCUGAUGGAGAAAGAAAAGUAGAACAAUUAGCUGUCCGUUUUAAACUGCAAGAUGUUGCAGAUGCGUUCAAACAAAUUUUUGAUGAAGCAAAACAGGCCCAAGAAAAAGAUUCCUUGCUUACACCACACUUUUCCCGUGCUGCCACUCCUCGAGAAUUCCCAUGUGGCAAAAUUGCAGUAGCCGUAUUAGAAGAAACCACAAGGGAGAGAACAGAUUUAAACCAAGAUUCUGAUACAACAGAUACAAUUCUAGAAGUUGGAGAAGUAUGUAGCACUUCUGAAACGCCAACUAAAGCAGUUGUUUCUCCUCCAAAGUUUGUAUUUGGCUCUGAAUCUGUUAAAAGCAUUUUUAGUAGUGAGAAAUCAAAACCAUUUGCAUUUGGCAAUAAUUCAGCUACAGGCUCUUUAUUUGGAUUCAGUUUUAAUGCACCUUUGAAAAGCAAAAGUGGCGAAGAUGUUUCAGGUGAGAUCGAAAGAAAAUCAGAUUCUACUAAUUGUGAGGCACAGAAGAGCUUGAACAUCAAACCAUUUGUUGAAAACAAAGCAGAAAAGUCCUUGACUCCUUUUUCAAAGGAAGAGCCCUCUACCUGCGCAUUUAAAACAUUAGAAAAGGUCGAGGUAAAGAAGGAACCAGAAGAACUUUCCACAGAUGAUGUGCUCAUUAUAUAUGAACUAACUCCUACUCCUGAACAAAAAGCUCUUGCUGUCGAUCUUAAACUUCCUCCGACUUUUUUCUGCUAUAAGAAUAGACCAGAUUACGUUAGUGAGGAAGAAGAUGAUGAUGAAGAUUUUGAAUCAGCUGUCAAGAAACUUAAUGGAAAGCUAUAUCCAGAUGACCAAGAUGAAUGUAAAGGAUCCCAAGAAUUUGUAAGAGAAGAAGUUAUUUCAGACCAGGAUAAAGAAUGUAUGAUUGUCUGGGAAAAGAAACCAACAUCUGAAGAAAAAGCAAAAGCAGAAACACUACAACUUCCUCCUACUUUUUUCUGUGGUGUUUGCAGUGAUACUGAUGAGGAUAGCAGCCAUCCAGAAGACUUUAACUCAGAGGUUCAAAAAGUCCAGGAAGCAAAGAAAUCGCAUGAUGAGGAAGAGGUUACAAGUUCAACUGAUACAGCAUCUACUAGAGGGACUGAACUUCCUACUUCAUUCACAUGUAAAUCUGAAGAAGUUGACUCUACUACUGAAUCUUCUGAUGCUACAUCUGGGACUAAUGACAAACCUGUAGAUUUAUCUAAUAAAAAAGAAAAUGAGGCAGAUUCCACAAGUCAAGAAGUAGAAAGCAGAACUGUGUCAUUUGGAUUUGGCACUAGUACGGGAUUGUCAUUUGCAGAUUUGGCUUCUGGUAAUUCUGGGGAUUUUGCUUUUGGUUCAAAAGAUAAAAAUUUCCAGUGGGCAAAUACUGGAGCUACUGUGUUUGGGAAACAAGCAACCAGUAAAAGUGGAGAAGAUGAAGAAGGUAGUGAUGAAGAAGUUGUACAUAAUGAAGAUAUACAUUUUGAACCAAUUGUAUCUUUACCAGAGGUAGAAGUGAAAUCUGGAGAAGAAGAUGAAGAAAUUUUGUUUAAAGAAAGAGCCAAACUUUACAGGUGGGACAGAGAUGUUGUUCAGUGGAAAGAACGGGGAGUUGGAGAGAUAAAGAUCCUUUUCCAUACAAUGAAGAACUAUUAUCGAAUCCUUAUGAGAAGAGACCAGGUCUUUAAAGUUUGUGCAAAUCAUGCUAUUACCAAAGCAAUGGAAUUAAAAUCCUUAAAUGUUUCAAAUAAUACUUUAGUUUGGACCGCUACAGACUAUGCAGAUGGAGAAGGAAAAAUUGAACAGCUUGCAGUAAGAUUUAAAACUAAAGAAAUGUCCGAUACUUUUAAGAAGAGAUUUGAAGAAUGUCAGGAAAAUUUAUCAAAACUGCAGAAGAGACAAGUAUCACUUAUAGCAGAAUUGUCACAGGAAACAAAUCCCUUGGUAUUUUUUGAAAUAUUUGCUGGUGAUGAACCUCUGGGACGUAUCACUAUGGAACUAUUUGCAAACAUUGUGCCUCAAACUGCUGAGAACUUUAGGGCACUAUGCACAGGAGAAAAGGGCUUUGGUUAUAAGAACUCACUUUUUCACCGUGUAAUUCCAGAUUUUGUUUGCCAUGGAGGAGAUAUCACCAAACAUGAUGGAACUGGAGGACGGUCCAUUUAUGGGAAUGCAUUUGAAGAUGAAAACUUUACAGUGAGACAUACUAGUCCUGGUUUAUUGUCUAUGGCUAAUCGUGGCCGAGACACCAAUAACUCUCAAUUUUUUAUCCUUCUGAAGAAAGCAGAACAUUUGGACUUUAAGCAUGUAGUAUUUGGAUUUGUUAAAGAUGGCAUGGAUACUGUGAAAAAGAUUGAAUCAUUUGGUUCUCCUUCAGGGUUGGUGAGCAAAAGAAUUAUGAUCACAGAGUGUGGACAAAUAUAAAAUCACUGCUUUUUCAUAGCAAACUUUUAUCUUUGUAAACAAUUAAAUUGAGGCUUAGCUGUUCUCAACAAUAUAGUGAUUAUGUUCAGCUUUUGAAAAUGGACAUUUCCAAUGUAUAAAUGUAAAAUUGCAGCUUAUAGCUGUUGUCAUUUUUUUUAAUGUGUUAAAAUUGACAUUGCAUGGUGUGAAAUAAAAGUUUAAACACUGGUC